UGCCAGACUCUUAUCAAUUUAGGCAUCAACCAAGAAAUUAUCAAGAUGAGUUAUGAGGUUAUCAAGCUCUCCUAUCUUCGCGCCUUGAAUUUUGCCAGAGAAGCAAAAAACGUACGGCUUGAGCAACGAAUCCUGAAGUUGCUGGUUCAAACCCAGCAGUCGUACAAACAGGAUAAGGACAAGAAGAAAUUCUUGGAAAAGCUCAAAGCACUGCAGGCAAAGAGCCACUUGUCUGUUGAGGACAGUGGUCUUACCGAAGAAGAAGAUAGGAUCAACAGUAAUGAUGAUGAUAACGAUGAUGAUGAUGAUGAUAAUGAUCUUCAUAAUUCCAGCUCUGGAAACGAAGAUGAUGUUGAAAUUUCUGAUCUCACAGAAUCUGAAGAAGACGAAGAAGAAAUCAGGGAUCACCUGCCUAGCCGCCGGACGAAUGCCACACGUUUUAAGGUGAAGAGAAAUGAAAAAGGUGAAACUCCUUUACAUCGAGCAUGCAUAGAAGGCAAUUUGAAACGUGUGGAGUUGCUGAUUAAACAGGGCCAGCCUAUAAACGUACGGGACUACUGCGGUUGGAUGCCGAUACAUGAAGCUGCAAAUCUUGGCUUCCACCUCAUAGUGGAGGUUCUGAUCGAGCAUGGUGCCAAUAUAGAUGAUGUCGGAGGCAAAGAAUGUGGUCAUGUGACGCCCCUUAUAGAUGCUGCAACCAACGGCAACAUAGAAGUCAUGCAAGUGCUCCUUAAUCAUGGGGCUGAUUUAACAAUUAAAGACGCCAGGGAUCGAACAGCUCUGACAUCUCUGAUGGAAUGGCGACAAAACUGUGAUGAUGUAGAUGAGGAGGCUGAGCAACAGUAUCAGUCAAUGGUUCGAUACCUACAGAAGAAGAUGGGGAUCAAAGAUGUCAGUGUUUUGCGCCAGAAAUUAGCCGUAACGUCAAUGAACUGGGGUUCCGAUAACUCUGAUGACAAUGAUAGCCCUCCUCUAAUUAAUGAGACGUCCCGCAAGAAGAGAGACAGAAAAAGACCGAAAGACAAUCUAUCGGAGUUUAUUGAAGAUGAUAAUUCUACUGGGGGAUCAUCAGACUCUGAAACAGAAUUACGCAACAUCAAUGGCAGAAACAUCAUUGAGCAGGAAUCGGCAACUGAUGCUUACAGGAAUGCCAUGUCAACUGUGGGUAGUAGUGCAAGACAGCGUUUGCACAAAAAUGAGUGCAGCAGCAAAUCGCUGCGGCGACGCAACAAAGGUGGAUCCAGGAAGACAGCUUUGAUCUCAUCAGAAAAAUAUGUCGAUAGCGAUUGGCUUAUUGAAGAUGUCCAACCGUCCAAACGGAAACGUCUUGCUCCGAGGGGUAAUUGUUUUACCACAGGAACAGCUGUUCGGAAAAGUUCUGAGUGUAAGGAUUCUUCAUCCUCCAUCACAGCGACGAAACCAGGUUCCUCCUCCUCCUUAAGGCGCUUCAAGUCAAGGACAUAUUCUGUUAUUGACGAGGAAGAUGACAAUAACAGCAAUGACAGCAGUGCCAGCAGCAACUCUCUACCUCCGUCAAAUCUUGACAUUAAUUUACCUGAUACCAUCGGCAGCACCUUUGCUGAACAACACCAGUUUAGUAGUGAGAAUAGAUUUGGUUCUUCAUUUAUACCUGAGUCGAACCAAGAGGCUGACACACUUUCACAGAUAUUCCAUCAUAAUUCUGAUCACAAUUUGGCUGAUGCUGCAAACUUCACGGAUUCAAUAAAGAAACCAUCUACAUCAUCAUCAUCAUCAUCAUCACUGCAGUUAAGAACUGACAACGUUUCCUCUGGAAUGGUCCAGAUGGUGUCCAAAGUGUAUAUUAAGGUUGGCACACUCUACUUCUGUGUACCUCUUUCCCCCAGUGAUCGUUUGAAAACAAUACUUUGGCUCAAUCAAGAGACCUCUCGCCGUGUCUAUGCCCAGUGCCAGUUGAAGCCAAUUCUGUCGCUGACCACGAAAUCUGGGGCCCUUCUUGAUCCUGAUGACAAAAUCUCUAUGGUCAUUGAAAAUGGAGAAGAGCUUGAAGGUUGUGUCACUUCGUGGGAUCUGCCUCAAGUCCAAGAUCGUUACACAGAAGCUUGUAAAAGUAACAAAACAGUUGUCGUUGGAAAGAUAAGCCAGCAGUUAGAACAGUGUGAAACCUCGGGUGAUCUUACCUUACCUCAUAUGGCCUUGACUCCUAGCAUCAUAUUACCUGUGUUCAGAGCUAUCAAGUACCAAAGUAACUUAUGCUUCAUGAAUCUUACUGGUAAUCGUCUUGGUGAUGUUGGCCUUCAAUCUUUGGCCAAAGUUCUCAAUACUAUACCAUCUCUAACUUCAUUGGACAUCUCUUGCAAUGGUAUCACUCUGAAAGGCUUAAAGGAGCUGAACAGUGUACUUGAAGCAACAUAUGGCCCUUCCAUUACUGGUCAGCAGGACACUGUACCUUGGGGUCUUGCUAAGAAACCUUUACAGAAGCUGGAGUCACUCAAUCUCAGCUACAACCAUUUAACAGAUGAGUGCAGUGACACACUCAUGGCUCUGCUCAGACAUCUCCCGGCACUCACCCACCUCGCCAUAGCUUCCUGCCAGUUGAGUCACACUCUGUUUGAACAUGCCUACCGAUCACAGCCAAGCCUCACAUCAUCUGGAAACAUGAGAUCUUGCUAUCUUCAACAUGUGGAUGUCUCUUGCAACAAACUGGAAUCCGCUGGUGUGCGCCUGCUCUUCAAAUGGUUGGACCCAACACAACUCGUCAGCUUGGAUUUAUCCUGGACAUCUGGUUGUUCAUCAUAUUUAAUGAACCAGCUCUUUUGUAACUCUUUGAUGAACUUUCUACCACUGUGCGAAGAACCAAAACUGCAGAAACUCUCUCUCGCAGGCUGUGAUCUUAGUUUGGAAGAUGGCAACCUUUUAGUACGUCUGCCAUACUUUGCCACACGGUUACAGACCCUGGAUCUCUCAAGCAACCCCCAGUUCGAGCAACCUAUUUUAUUACAGCUUCUACAGAAUGCUUCCAGCAAUGCUGACUGUGCCCUCGAACAGAUUGUUAUGAUAGACUGUGGAAUCUCCAGCCCCCUCACGUCAGACUUUCUCGACAGCUUGGGUAACAAGCUGUCAGCAACCAUCCCGUUGGUGAAAUUGCAUUUCAGCUGCGUAAAAUUGGACACUGUUGACCAAAACAGCUUAAAGCAAGUUUGGUGUGGACAUUGGGGGGACCUUGCUGUUUGUAGCUUCCACAAAGGUGAUAUAGUUCAGUUGUCUGUACGAAAUAAUGUGUAUUAAUUGAAAUGUGUGUGUGUGUGUGUAUGUAUGAAUAUAUAUAUAUAUAAAACGUUGUUGUUUGUAACUUCACCAGAGGUGAUAUAGUUUAGUUGUCUGUACUAAAUAAUGUAUAUUAAUUGAAAUGUGUGUGUGUGUGUGUAUAUAUAUAUAUAUAUAUAUAACUUGUUGUUUGUAACUUCAGCAGAGGUGAUAUAGUUUAGUUAUCUGUACAAAAUAAUGUAU